GUAAACAAGCUAAUCAGCAAGUGAUAAGCUUGGUCGGUCGUCGGGCCAAUUUUAAAUUAGUGAAAACAGUGCGACUGAAACCCUUGGAACGAGAUGCGAUCUGUACUGCCGUCGGUGGGAUUUCUGCUGCUCCUGGCUCUGCUGCUCGGCUCCUCGUGCACUGAAUCCGGCAGGGUGAUCUACUUCAAUCAACUGAACACCACCCAAGCCCUAGAGGCGGCCAAAAACAACAGCGAUGCCCUGGGCAAGGGAAUGCUCCUUGAUGUGCGCGGAAAUCGCUGCCCACGCGGAUUCGUUCGCGAUCAUCAUGGGCGUUGCAGAAGGCGUGUCUAAAACUGGACUCUCCCACUGAGCAAAGUUAAAUUUAAAUGCGUGUUUAUUUUUAAGUCUGUUUGCCUUGCGCAGAUUAAAACUGUCUACGGAUCUUGUAACAACGAUAUGACAGAUAACAGCAAAUAUUAUAUGUUUUUGCUUGGCAACAGCAAUUUAAGAUAAGAUUAUACCAUCUUUCACAUUAAUAUGGCCACUUUCUUAAAUGUAUAAGUAAUUAGGCAGAAAAUCAAUAAUUAAUUUAAUAUAUAAUUCAUUAUGAACAAAUAUUAUUAUCGUAAAGAAAAGUAGUUGUUCUGAAAAGAAAGCUUUCUCAAGGGCUCAAGGCUUUGCUAAAACUAUUAUGGCCUAUUGCAUAAGUAUGUUUCACAUGUAGAAAUCCCCAGAUGGUACGAUCCCAAUGGACAUUAACCCUUUCGCUUCGUCAUGAAAUCGAAACUACGUCACAUCACGUGUCGUCGAUCACGAAAAGUAUGAUGAAAUACUGGGCUCUAUGGGUUUCUGCAGAUAUAACGCAGAUACAAGAUACAAGAUACAAGAUACUAUACACAGAGCACUAGACCCGACAACUCCGGCGUCAAUGAGAUAACGAUGAGUCGAGGAACACUUCUGACUCAGCGCUAUAAUAAUAACACUCAGUUGCUCUGGCAAGACCAUUAUUCGGUCACAUUUUCGGGAAAUUUCAGCGGGUGUGCGGUGCGAUAACGAGGGUAAAUAUGUUGGAUCUGUGACGUCUCUCGUUCCGUAAUUGCCGUUAAAUAUUCAAUGGGUUGUCGCGUGGUAAACACAACCACCACCACCCACAUCGCUUUUCCAGAAAGCCCCGAUGAUUGGCCAAAAUACAAUUUUACACGGAAUUUCGCAUGGCUCACUUUGUCGCGAUCGUUGCGAAGCUAAAUUGAUACCACGGACUUUUUUUUUUUUGUCAAAGUUCAAAAAGCUCUUCGAAAUCAGAUAGAUAGUUAUUAUGGCUAACUCAUCAUAAAAUACGGGGAGCACAAGCCAAUUAACCCAUGUUCUUACUCAGCUCUAAAAAUACGGGCUAUCUAUUUCAAUGGGGUUUGCGUUCAGGGAAGUUUGGUUGCUCAAUCGUUUAGUGAUUGGUUUUACUCCGUACUAAUCUCGUGAGAAGGAGGGGCUUUUAUUUAUUUAGAUAAGACAUUUGGCGCCUUAAGUAUUAUAUUUACCCAUGCAUAUAGUUGGUUGUCAAAUCGUUGUUAAAAAAAAAUACUUACGGUGAUGCUCUCUUAGAAAUAUAGGCUUUCUUCUCAGCAUUUUACUUC